AUGGCUCGGAAACCUGCCAUGCUUUCUUCUACGAUCAUCCGAGCGCAUUUUCUGAUAAAACUGCUUCUCCAGGUCCUCCGCUACGCGGCGUUGGGUACCGGUGUCUUGUACGGUUUCUACCAUCAAUCCAAGCUCACUGCGGCUUCGAAGCUUGCGGCAGCCAACAGAGAGUACGAGCGCAAGCAAACCCUGAUUGCGCAAGCAAAGGCAGAAUUCUCGAAGAUGAACUCGCCCGCGAGUGCAAAGACACAAGGCGGAGACUUCAUUAGAGACCCGAACGACUCGAGGUUCGACUUGGAGGCAUACUUGAACACCUUCAUGUCUGUGUCUAGAAACAACACACGUGAUUACUUAUCUGGUGUACAGACUGGGCCCCCUGCAGCCGCGUCGUCAAAGACAGAUGUCCCUCAGGCGCAUCUAUCAGGCGCAUCUGUCAACGACAACUUUCUUGAUCAACCACCAAUUAUGCCAGAGACAGUAUCAGAACCCUUUUUCAAGGGAAGCACGGGGAGGAGCUCCAGGGGACUGCUUCGGUUAAUUAUCCUGAGUUUAGUCGCGGCUACAGCUGUCGCAUCUCGUUUGUUCAGUGUCAUCCGCUUCGAAUCAAUUAUCCAUGAGUUCGAUCCGUGGUUUAACUUCAGAGCCACGAAAUACUUGGUACAACAUGGCUUCUACGAUUUUUGGGAUUGGUUUGAUGACCGUACAUGGCAUCCACUUGGACGAGUUACAGGAGGAACACUUUACCCAGGUCUAAUGGUUACCAGCGGUGCCAUCUACCAUGCGCUCCGAGCCCUUACUAUCCCGGUUGACAUUCGAAACAUUUGCGUGCUGCUUGCACCUGGAUUCUCCGGCCUCACAGCUUUCGCUACCUACCUCCUCACCAACGAGAUGUCAACUUCUCCUUCCGCUGGUCUCCUCGCCGCUAUCUUCAUGGGUAUUGCCCCCGGUUAUAUUUCCAGAUCAGUUGCUGGCAGCUACGAUAACGAAGCCAUCGCCAUUUUCCUUCUCGUGUUUACCUUCUACCUCUGGAUCAAGGCCUUGAAGGUUGGAUCAGCAUUCUGGGGUGCUCUGUGUGCGCUUUUCUACGGAUACAUGGUUUCAGCUUGGGGAGGAUAUGUCUUCAUUACCAACUUGAUUCCGUUGCACGUAUUUGUGCUUGUUUGUAUGGGUCGCUUCAGCCCAAGACUCUACGUGAGUUACUGCUCGUGGUACGCUCUAGGAACGUUGGCCAGCAUGCAAAUUCCAUUCGUAGGAUUCUUGCCAAUACGUAGUAGCGAACAUAUGUCAGCCCUCGGCGUUUUCGGUCUUCUCCAAUUGAUUGGAUUUGUGGAGUUUGUCCGUUCUGGGGUGCCGAGCAAGCAAUUCGCUACUCUCCUCAGGGGCUUCGUCCUGGCUGUGUUCGUCAUUGCCUUCGGUGGCCUGGUUCUUUUGACCGUCUCUGGUGUUAUUGCACCGUGGACCGGACGUUUCUACUCCCUCUGGGAUACUGGAUACGCUAAGAUCCACAUUCCAAUUAUCGCCUCCGUGUCCGAGCAUCAGCCAACAGCAUGGCCGGCGUUCUUCUUUGACUUGAACCUUCUCAUCUGGCUCUUUCCAGCAGGCGUCUACCUUUGCUUCCAGAAUCUCCGUGAUGAGCAGGUGUUCGUUGUUGUCUACUCCAUUCUUGCCAGUUACUUCUCUGGUGUUAUGGUCCGACUUAUGCUCACCCUCACACCAAUUGUCUGUGUCUCUGCGGCUCUCGCUUUGUCAAGUCUCCUUGACACAUACCUGACCAUCAAGUCCCCCGCAGAGUCCGUCCCAGGCGCGCCAGAUGCGGCUACGAAUGGAAAGCAUACUCCUAAGAAGACGGAUGGGCUACGCUCCAUGCGUAACCCGCUUGUUGGCAUUUACACCACUUUCUCAAAAGCUACCGUUGUUGGUGCUCUUACAUCUUACCUCUUGGUGUUUGUUAUGCACUGCACCUGGGUCACGUCAAACGCGUACUCAUCCCCAUCCGUGGUUCUGGCAAGCAGAAUGCCCGACGGCAGCCAACACAUCAUCGACGACUACCGAGAGGCAUACCAAUGGCUCCGCCAGAAUACUGCGGAAGAUGCUAAGAUCAUGUCAUGGUGGGAUUACGGUUACCAAAUCGGUGGUAUGGCCGACCGCCCAACCCUUGUUGACAACAACACAUGGAACAACACUCAUAUUGCGACUGUCGGAAAGGCUAUGAGCUCCCGUGAAGAGGUAAGCUACUCGAUUAUGCGUCAGCACGAGGUCGACUAUGUUCUUAUCGUUUUUGGUGGGCUUCUGGGAUACUCCGGAGACGAUAUCAACAAGUUCUUGUGGAUGGUAAGAAUCGCUGAGGGUAUCUGGCCUGAGGAGAUUAAGGAGCGAAGCUUCUUCACCAGUCGAGGAGAAUACAAGGUUGAUGACAGUGCUACCGAAACCAUGAAGAAUAGCUUGAUGUACAAGAUGUCUUAUUACAACUACAACGCCCUCUUCCCAGCAGGACAGGCACUAGACCGGGUUCGUAACGUUAAAGUCCCACAAGUCGGACCAGUCUUGGACACUGUCGAGGAGGCAUUUACCAGCGAAAACUGGAUCAUCCGGAUCUACAAGGUUAAGGACCUAGAUAAUGUCGGCCGAGAUCAUGCCACAGCUGCGGCGUUCGACAGGGGGAGCAAGAAGAAGAAGACGACUAAGAAGAGAGGACCAAGAGUGUUGAGGGUUGAGGUCAAAUCUAAUCGCACUGCGGCGCCUGAAGGCGAAGACUCGAGCUCCUCCGACGAGCAGCGUAUUCUUCCUCCCGGAACACCAUACCUAACGAAGGUCAAUGGCAAGCUGGUGUGGGCGCGUCAGAAGACUCACAAGGUUGCCAAAGUUGAGGCUUUUCUGGCCGGAACGGCCGUCGUCCGCGAGCGAUCGAAGUCCCUUGAGAGGCCAGCGCCGAGGCAGAUGAUGAUAACAGGGCCCGUUCCGGUAGUACGAGCUCAGCGUCUUCUUGCGCAAUCGACUCCAAUCUCACAGCAGCAGGUCCAAAAUGCAGUGCCACCGAUAGCACAGUAUGUACCCCAAUACUAUACUCAAUACCAGCCACAGAUGAUGCAGCAGCUUUUGCCAGAGCCUCCACGUGUGUAUAUUCCGCAGCAACAACUUCAGCAACAGCCUCAACAGCCUCAGCAACCUCAGCAACCUCAAAGACCACCGCGACCACCGCCCCCGCCGCUCUUCGUUCAGACAAGCCCAACACCGCAAGAUUUUGAACAGCUCAAGGCGGCGGAAGCACACUUCAAUGGUCUCGACAAGCCUCAACCGUCUCGAGUCACGUCUUUUGAAAGUGAGAGCACGCAAAGAAAAGAGCAAAUAAAACCACAAAGCACGGCACAGGACAAUCUAGGAGAUGAAGCCCAAAAAUUACAGAAAGAAAAGGUUUCUCUGAGAGCAAACAUUGCAGUCACCAGGCAUAUCUGUGGUAAUUGCGGGCAGAUCAGAUCUCGUAAAUAUCACUAUGAAAACCCUUUGAAGCCUGGUGAAAUUCCCAACCCUAGCUUUUGUCUAAGGUGCCGAAGAGAUGCCAGUUCAACUAGUGGCUCAAAUACUGCCAAGGAUUCAAAGAAGAAAGAUAGGAAGAACACAAAGAAGAAGGGAAAGUCGAAAAAGAAGCCUGUGGUAGCUUUGAGCGAUGGAGAUGAUGACGAUGAUGAUUCUUCGGAUCAUCCAGCACCGGAGCCACCAAAGAAGCCUACGCCUGAUGAUCCUGAUAAGCCGGGCAAGGGGGGUAAAGCGAACAAGUCAGACGAGCCGAAUCAGGCCCUAGGAAAGCGAGUACCUUCCCCAGAGUAUAUUUUCAUCGAGGCCUCCGAAGAUGGGCGAGAAGCCAGAGGAAGAUCGCGUAGUAGGAGCCCAGAAGAAUACGUAUACUAUCGUCGCUCGAUAUCGCCACCUGGGCCCCAGCACUCUCGUCGAUCCCGAUCACAUUCAAUAGUCCGAUCGCGACAAGAUCCUCUUUGUAAAUCAGCACGCCCAGUCAAGCUUCGCGAAGUGGUCAAGGACACAGUUCGGCGUCAAUCUCCCUUAGUAAAAUAUAGAUACGUCGAAGUCAUCCGGGAGCCUAAGACUAUCGAACCAAAAGAGAAGCCGUACCCGAGAAAGAUACCUAUUCAAUUUGAGGACGAGGCUGUACACGAUGAACCAGCGCCGCCUCCUAAGCUUUCCCGGGAACCAGAGACUCUGCAUCAGAAAGCCUUUUCAUACCAGACAUACAGUGUUGAAGAGCCAAAGAAUUCAAAGCCAGGUCCACCAAGCACUCGUCACGGCUUUGGGGUGUGGAAGGCAUCGAAUCGUGGCCCUCCUACCGGUCACCACAGCUUUGAGCGCGAGACGUCGAUUCGAGGCCAAGGCUCAAUAGCACCUAGCUCGGAUAGCCGACAUCGAUCUGCCAGAGAUUCUGUCUACAACCAUGGAGCAUCUGCUGGAGCCCGACCGUCCAGAGGUCAAAGCUCUAUGGUGCAAGAACCAUUUGUGCGAGACGCUCCGAGCAGUCACCACAGCUUCCAAAUGAAAGAGACACCUGCUCGAGACCAUCCUCCUAGAGAUCCUAGUUUGAAUAGCCGACGUUGGUCCAUCAGGGGCUCUGUCCAUGAAGAACAAGGAACGUCAACUCGCGGACCAGCUACCAGAGAGUACAGCUUCGAGGAGCGCGAGACUAUCAGCCCAGAGCGUUUAACUGAAGCACGCCGGCGUAGAAGACGAGAACGAGAGCCUCCUGGCGGCUCUCGUCCAUUUGAGGAGCAACAUGUCAUCCACCCUAAGGAAAAGCACGAAUGCAGAGUUGUGACGGAAACUUCCGAGUACCGCAAUAAAGAGGCUGAGGAUGCAGAGGGUCGCAGAAGACAAGAGUAUAUCGACAGAGCUACUCUAGACUCUCGCAAGAGCACCCAAGUUCCAGCUCAAGAGGCCGAAAAAUACUACCAUGGAGAUUGGUCAAGACCAGGGCCUGAUCCGUUGGUAGUGCCGUCGAUUUUCAGAAAGCCUUACCAAGAGUAUCGAAGCUAUAGACGCCCAGAGUCGGUCUCCACCGAGUCGAUCAAGCGGGAUAUGACUCCGAUGACUCCGAUCAUCAACAUACCCUACCAAGAAUAUCGUAAUCCAACACAAGAUGUCUCCGACUACAGCGAAUCUUCGGAAAACACCUAUCAACCUGCUCAUCAUGGCCCCCCUCGAGUUCCUUCGCCGCCUUCAGCCGUCAACUCUUACGUCAAAGUGCAAGCAUGGAACGAUGAGCCUCCAUAUCCAAUGACUCCCGAUGAGAAAGUUGUCCAUAUGCCAAAAGUCCAAAUCUCAAUCGGCCGCCAACGAAGUAAUUCCAAGCCCCGGCCAGCAUACUUACGCUCGGAGACCGAGGAGAUGGCCCUCUUCAGAUCACCAAGACAAUCUAAUUCCUUCGAAGGACCGGAGAGAUCAGAUGGAUACAUUGGCUACACGGACUCGAACUUCAACGAGAAGCAUGACCCAGGCCGAAAUAGAGACGAUGGUGACCAAGACUCAAAUUUCACGGAGAUGCGAGGCCCGGUGAGAUAUAACCAGGUGUCGGAUGCGAAUUUGACCGAGUUGGAGAGGCUGGCUGAGGCUGAGGCUGGGGCUGGGGCUGGGGCUGGGGCUGGGGCUGGGGCUGGGGCUCAACAUGUAUCGUUCAGGGAAACACCAUUAGUCAGGUCGAUGUACGAGCCGUGGUUGCCGUCGGAGAUCAAGAGUCAGCUGUCCGAGAAAGAGUAUGAUGCGAGUGGAUGGCGGGGUACUGGCGGUGAUUGGAUUGAGAUUGGGCCGGAUGAUGAGAUAUUUGGAGGAUGA